GAGGCGCUGUGGUGCGCCACAACAACGGAAACAACUGCUUGUUCUACUUUCAGAUCGCGGAGAUCCCAGUACAAGUACGUGAUAUGUGUAGUUUAACUUAACUGGUGUAAGUAUGUCAAAGUUGUCAGUGAAAGAGCAAAGUGGCUGUCGAAAACUGUUAAAAUUAUUACCCCUGGACGACUUGUUCGCCCUUAAAGAUACAGUAACGAAUCGACUGAUUGCUGUAGAAAGCACGGAAGAGGCCAUUGAGGCCAUCAUAACUUACUCACAAGAUGCUGAGGAGCUCCUCAAGAGAAAGAAGGUACACCGGGAUGUUAUUUUUAAGUAUCUUGCUAAUGAAGGGGUGGCCAUGCUCCCUAAUAGUGAUAAACACCAGCUGGUCAGGAGAACCAUUGAGUUUUGGUCAUCUGGUGAGAUCUCAAAGUGUGAGAAGAGCACAGUCGUUACAGAUGAGGUUGGAGAUGGUCUGUCAGACCUUCCUGCUUUGGGAAAACAGUUUUGCCAGUGGUUCUACUGCCUUCUGAACUCUCAGAACCCCAGUCAAGGGCAUCCAGCGCAGGACUGGGGUCCUCAGCAUUUCUGGGAGGAUGUGAGACUUCAGCUUCUCUUAUGUUCUGGAGAGCAGCGUGUAGAUGAGUUCAACGGGGCAGAGCUGGUCAGCAAGCGGCUACGUGCUCUUGCAGGAGAAGAACGUCUGUUGUUCUGCCCAAACUUGGAGGGUUAUGGGUUAAAGUGUAUAUCUUCAGCUCAUGGACUGGUUAUAGUUGCCGUAGCAGGGACCAUCCACCGUGACAAUGCCUGCCUUGGGAUUUUUGAGCAAGUGUUUGGGCUCAUCCGCUCACCAAUGGACAAUAAUCGCUGGAAAAUAAAGUAUGUAUAUAUAAAAGUAGAAGCACAAAGUGCCAUUACAGACAGACAGUUACCACUUAUUACGUAUGAUUCAAAAGAGUUGCUGAGGCUUUGCAAGUGAACGUCAGAGAUUCUUGUGAGGACAUAUUUUUCCUGUAGUGAAGAGAAAUACACUAUGGAUGAUGUAAUAUUCUGUGUAAACAACUUUAUUGUGGGAUAGAUACUCAUUCAUAAAGAUAAUCAUUUUUGUUGACUUGAAGGUCAGUUUCCAUUCAGUUUGAUCACUAGCUAACCUUUACUCAAUACUAGGAUUUCUGUAAAAUGUAUUUUACAGAAAUAUUAUUAUUUUUUUAAUUUAAAAUCUAAAUUGAUUUAAUGAUAUGGACUGAAAAUAAAGUACUUUUAUGAAGUAAUUUUCUGAAAAUUUGCAUCUUGAUCUUGGCCUAACACAAUUUUUAAUUUAAAAACGUGUAAAAACAAAAAUAAAAAAACAAUAAAUAAAUACUUUUGACUUUUUAGUAAUUUUAGAUCAUAUGUGGGGAAAAAAAAAUACCACUUUAAGAUGGCAGUCUUACCUUUAUAUUUUGAUUUAUUGUUUAAUUUAGAAAUCCUAAUUUAAUUUAUAUAGCAAUUUUGUGUGAGGGAUAUUUUUAAAUUCACAUUCAGAAUUUCCUUGUUGAGUUUAUAUAAAUGGGCCAAAAUCAAAUAUUCUUUUUUUAUCUUUUCAUAUAAUUUUCAUUUAUUUAUUUAUUUUUUUAAAUUUUUAUUAUUUUUUCUUGUUUUUUGGUUGGCUAGAAUUCAAACUGUCUGGAGUAUUAGAAUCAUCUUUAGCUUCAUAACAUUUUAAGAUUCCACUUAAAUGCCUAAAAAUGCUGUUUAUUCCAUCUGAGUACUUUUAUCAAUACUUGAAUCAUUUCCCAGUAAAAUAUUUGUUAAGAACCUC